CGGCCUAUCCAAGCCAAGCCAGAGGCUCGACGCAACCCACGCCAAACCAAACCAAACGGCCGGAGAGGCGUUCUACGUCCUAUCUCAACCACCCCUGCAAAGCGAUUUUUCAAUUGAGGCCUGAAUGUCAAGGGUGAUGUCCAGGCCACCCGACUGUUCCCAGCAUGGAGGCCGGCAAUCGUGACCAAGGGGAUCGACUUGUCGGGCUUGCUCAUCAUUUCGACCCCCAGUCGCAACUUCACUUCGACAACGUCGACAGCCUACUGCUAGACAGUAAGCCCCAAUACUCCACCUUUGAUCCCUCUGCUGCUAUUCCAGAACCUUUGCCAUACCGAGAUAGCAACGACAUCGACGCCGUGGAGGCAGUGCAGUUGCACUCGCAGCAUCAGCACCAGCACCAGCAUCUUGAGGCCCAUGCUUGUGCCCACGCCCAUACCGACGUUCACGCCCUUGCUUCUCAUGCCGCAAACAACCAACAGGCCGCAAACGCAAAUGCGAGUCUGAAUGGCAUCGUCAACCCCGACGACUUUUACAGGACCUACCGUGCCAACGCCCCUACGCUGGAUCCGCAUUCAAGCACCGAUCACGACGGAUUGAUGGCGUCGACAUCCGCGCUCCCAUCCGCGCCGAGGCAGAACCAGAAGCCCUCGCUACGGUCCAACAGCAAUGGCACGACCCCAAAACACCCAGCCGUUCCUGCAACUGCAAAGGCUGCACUUCGCCCUUCGACACGGUCAGUCUCUGCGCCCUUGAGUGAGGGCGGCGAUAUUACCGCCAAGCCGAGAGCUGCAGCUUACGGCAGUAGACAAUUAAGCGUCAAGGAUCUGAAGAACCGGUUCGACCAGAAUAUCGUGGCGCAGGCACCCAACAGUAGUAAUCCCGUGGCUGCACGUAGGACGACGGCCCCUCGCACAACUGCUCGUGACCCAGCAUUGUCAUCGUCACCAUCAUCGCCAGCGAACUAUCGUGGAGUCGGAAGUGCGAACGGUUCGGCACCGUAUCCGACAACAAGGUCACAAUCGACAACAGGAAGCACAUCUGCCACACGGCCGUCACAGAGGGCCAAGUUCAGUGCCGAAGACCAUGUAUCGAAUAAUUCCCAGUCGUUCGCGAGUCGCAUAGCAAAGCCUCGGACUGGAAACGGUCUCUCUUCGAAAUCCAUGAGCAACCUAUCACCAUCGUCUCCAACCAGUGCCUCCUCGAUACCACCUGUACCUCAUUUGGACAAGAGCCACACGGCUGGUUCAGGCAGGGCUCUUCUGUUUGGUGAAAUUUUGCCCGACCAAAGCGAAAGAGAAAUAGUCGGUUAUGGCAUCGAGCGAGUACGGACUAGACGAACUUCAGAAUCCAAUCUCCACAGCACCUCAGUACUUCAUCAAAGGAGUCUGUCGCAUACUGACGUCGAGCCAGCCUCGCCAACCGACUGGUACCGCAAAACGGGGCCUCGACGUGAUGGGAGCCGAUCACCACCCAAGAUAUACAAGACUCACAACAGAUCGCAAAGCGACUUGGCAGGAGCGAAGCCUAUUCCAACACAACUGAGAACGCCGGCUCCUCUCCGCAAGCAAGCGACACCUACGCCAGAUCUAACGCCAUUUUCUGGAACAUCUAAAUUACCUGUGUCAAUACGUAAAAAGAGCCCACCUGCAGAUAGUCCCCCUUAUUCGCGAUCCAACACCCCAUCCGCUACCAAACGUCCACCCAGCAGAUCACAGACCAAAAUAUCCAAGCCAUCCCCUAUAAGUACGUCUUCCACUCGAGCAAAAACUCCAACCAGUGGCGUAGCCGGAAAACGACCGCCGGGUACCAUUACUCCCAACGGCAAUGCGCGAUUGAAUGCGUACAUAUCCGCACCGCCUCCGAAAUUGUCACCAACUCUGCGAAGCUCCCGACCCCGUCAGCCUGUGUCGUCCGCGAGUACCACCAGCUCGAGGAUGCGUGCAGCCGAGAGAGGAAGGUCUCCCGCCAAAGGCGAUGCGAGGACGUCGAACAAGAACGAACCUGGUCGGAGACGGAAACCGUCUAUGGGCCCAAUCGAUUUUGUCUCACGUCGGGAGCAGAUCAAGCUCUCCUAUACUAAGAGUAUUAAAGAGUCCGAGGCCAAAGCAGCCGCCAAACGACAACUAGCAAUCGAAAACGAAAGGCGGAGAAGGGAAGAGGAAGAUUCCGCAGCCGCUGCAGAGGCUACCCGCCUUGAGGAAUUGAGGCAGCAUGAGGAACAAGCCAGGCAGCUGCUUGACGAUCGUGAAGAAGUUACCGAAAUGCGACCUCAUCUACACCAUGCGGAGAACUCUGUGCUCGAUGUUGGCCGGCUCGAGCGAAGUCCGGAGCAACCAAUCUUGACCCUGACGACUGAAGACUCCGGGGCGCCCACAAUCCCAGAAAGGAUCGCACCAGAGGCUCCCUUUGAGACCGUACAAAUAAGCUUGGACUCACCCACCCUCGGCAUGCCUGGCAGUUUUCCUGCUCUAGGUUCUCCAGAUAUCCAUGAAGAAGCACCACCAUCGGCUGCAUCCGAUACCACCGAGUUCGAUGCCGAGCCACAGACCGAGCCACCAGUCCAUCAAGCACAUGGACCUGCAGCUCUGGAUUAUGACGGUACGACUGAAGGGGCAGCUUUAGUGCAUGAUGGAUCCGAAUACAAGUCACCCUUUAACGAGUCUCCACAAGAUGAAACUGCGUCUAUCAAGAUAUCCAUGGACCCGGUGUCGGCAGAAACACAAGCAUCAGGCCAACGGCACGAAGCCAGGACGGCAAUGGACGCCUCGCAACGACAUGGAAAGGACGAAGAAUACGUGCAGCAGCCGUACGUAGCGCCUACGUACGAAACGACAGUGACGAUCAUUAGCCGAGACCCUAAGCUCUUCCCGACUUCCCUGGAAAGUGGCAAGACCUCGACUUGUGAAGCACAAGCCAUCGGAGCUGAACACGAAGAUGCUGAGAAUCUCCAGACGCAAGGGGAAAGUUCGGCACAGCCCCAAGACACCCAGUCAAGCGAUGAGUGCAGCGACAAAGAGACACCUUUGCAGCGACUGGAGGACUUUUAUAUCGGCCCUAACCUGGCCGAGCCUGCAGCACGCUUACGUGACUCUGGUGCGUCGAGAUCAACCCGUCAUACCAGAACAUGGUCAAUGGAGCAGAAUGAAAAGGCCCAUUCAGAAGCCCCCCGGUUUUCGACGGAGACAAGAACUUUAGAGACAAGGCCGAGCCUGACUGUUCCUCGCGCUUCAGUUUCCGCGAAUCGUACAAGCCAAAAUACUGUUUGGACGGAUUAUUCGGUUGAAAGCAGAGAUGACUACCCGGAUUACUCGGUGAAAGUGCAUAGGCGUGGUGAUUCAACAUACCGUGACAGCGAUUCCGUCUCAGAUGCCGGCUCUCGAUUCAAGCGAGGCUCUGGCGUAUAUAACUCCAGUCCCGAAACCUCGCCACAUGACAGCUAUCGCAAACCUCAUAUAGCGCACACGAGCCAUACUCAGACGUCGGUGCAUCAGCUGCCUGAACUCGACACUGGCGGUGGGUUCAGUAUUGAUUAUAUCACUCGCAAGAAUAGCGCGGCUUUCAUUGUUCCUCUUCUGCCAGAUCAUUCACCUCCGCCACCACCAGGGGAUCCAACUUUUCCGGAUUUAAGCUCUGCACCACCAAGCGAAUACUUUGAUGAUACUCGCCCCAACAGCUAUUUGCAUGGAGCGCAGGAUGCUUACAGUUCGUACUCCGUAUCACGGCCGCAAAGCGAGAGUUUUGACUUGCCUGGUUCCACUCCGCAAUCUAUAGGUCAUGGUUCACUCGAGAUCUCUGAAGGCCCACCAUCCACCAGAACUCGCAUGGAUAGCCAAACUACUCUUGCAGAUAGUAUCGACCAACAAGAGAACUCUAGCGGUCUUCCAGCCAAAGAGAGGAAGCGGCUGUUCACUCGCCUCGAGACGAUCAAGGAACUGGUUGACACGGAGGCCUAUUUCGUUCGUGAUAUGAGUAUUGUUGAGGAAAUUUACAAGGGAACAGCGGAGGCUUGCCCGAAACUUGACGACAAGAUCAUCAAAUUGAUCUUCAGGAAUACUGAUCAGAUCAUUGCUUUCCAUACAACCUUCUUGGCUGAACUGAAGGACGGUGUCUCGAGUAUUUACGUGCCACGUGUUUCGCGAUCCCUUGUCCCAAAAGACACCUCCAGUGUAUCGGACGGCGCUGCCGUGUCAACGACUGCUUUGGGUCAGUUGGACGAUGGGAAGGAUCGCGAGACCUCUCUUGGGCCCAUUUUCAAGCGCAACAUCGAGAAGAUGAAAGGUGUCCAUGAAACCUUUUUGAAGAAUAGUGAUCAUGCCGCCAAACAGCUCAUUCAGAUACAGGAGGAUCCUACCGUGAAGGUCUGGUUGAACGAGUGCAAUGAAGUUGCCAGAGAUCUCACAAAAGCCUGGAAUCUGGACUCUCUGUUGAUUAAGCCAAUGCAGAGGAUCACCAAGUAUCCCAACUUGUUGAUCCAAUUGCUCCAUGAAACACCUCCGGAUCAUCCUGAUCGUCAUACCCUCGAGGCUGCGAAAGUUGCUCUUGAGGAUGCGAUUGAGGAAAUCAACAAAACCAAGAAGAAUUUCGAGCUCGUAGGCCAAAUAGUUGGCCGAAAGCGUAAGGAUUCGAAUGUUGGUGGGUUCGCAAGAGCCUUUGGAAAACGCGUCGACAAACUCCAAGCUACCAGCAACAAAGCAGUGGAUGAUGUCGAUUACAUGAAAUUGCAUGAAAAAUUCGGGGACGACUAUCUUAGGUUGCAGGUCGUUCUUAGAGACGUAGAGUUUUACACCAGGCAAGUGAGCGCUUACGUUCACGAGUUUUUGCAAUACCUUUCCUCAAUGGAACUGGUUAUGCGACUUCAACCUUCACCACACCCCGAAUUGGAGAGCAAAUGGGUGCGCUUCAAUGUGUCUAUGAGGGAUAUUGAGAAAGUUGCCCUUGAGCAACAUCUCUCACAGGUUCGAAAGCAGGUGAUUGAGCCUUUCGAGCAAGUCAUCAAAGCGUACAACAAUCCGUCCCUUGCUAUGAAGAAGAGGGCCAAACGCCGGGCCGAUUACGAGAAAUCCGAACAGCUAAAAAAGAGUGGCAAGAAACUUGACAAGCAACUUACCGAAUGUGUAGAACAAUACGAGGCGCUCAAUGAUGCACUUAAGAAGGAACUUCCCAAGCUUUCCGCAUUAACGGAGAAAGUUGGCAAUAUCUGCCUCGGAAAUCUGGUCAAUAUUCAAACUCAAUGGUACUCAAUCUGGAAAGAAAAGGUCAAAGUCGUACUUGACAACCCUCAAAUUCCAGAGCUCUCAGAUGUCGUCUCUACCUUCCGGAGAGACUUCAAGUUCCAGGAGGAGCAAACGAGCUCUAUGACGAUCCUGAAUCCCACUUCUACGCCUCGACCAUCUCAAUCCAGCAUCGAUGAGGGACCGUCAAAACUCCGACCGCGUCCGUCGCAGCUUUCUAGUAUUCGUGGACGAGGUUUGUCCGUUAACAGUGACGUUGCGCCUAGUCUACCUACGCCCGACUUUAUCAAGCGUCACAGUGGACAAUUUACCGUGUCGCCCUCAGUCGCAUCAGUCCCAAGUCCGCAUCACUUCUAUUACCGCGACUACUAUGCUGGCGUCGGUACCAACACUCCUGGUGGAUCUGCGACGCCCAACUCCACAGAUCCAUCUGCUGGAGUCCGCCCUCCAGCUCUUGGCUCAAUGCGGCCAGGUACAGGUCAAAGUCACGACUCCGGUGGUGCGCCUCGGCAGAGCACCGAGUCGAGUGCCCAGACGAAGCGAUACUCUAAUUCUAUGUACCAAUCUGGCUAUCAAUCGCCGCCAGAGCCGACUUCUAGCCAACGAUAUUCCGGGUUAUUCAAUUCUGCCAUGCCACUGUCAGAUGCACCAGAACGAAGUACACGGCAGUCGCAAGCUUCAUCACGCGCGUCUUCACGCGACAGGCAACCUAUCAACGGCUACAACGUGCUUUGGCUUGCUGCCUCACUUUUCGAAUUUAACAUCGAGACCACCAAAAUGGAGGCUGGGUAUCCUUAUUUAACGUACCAAGCUGGUGAGAUCUUCGACGUUAUUGGAGAGAAGGGUGAACUAUGGCUCGCAAAGAACCAAGAUGAUCCAAACAACUUGGUGGGCUGGUUAUGGUCCAAACAUUUUGCGAAACUGGCAGAUGACUGAAAAUAUUCCUCACGAACCCAUCACACGAAAUUUCCAGUUCUCAUCAAUACUCAAAAACCCGAAACCACUUAUAUCACAAUCUAGAUGUCCAAAUUCCUGACAGAUCAUCAUUGACGAUGUCUGUGUAUAAAUGAUAUCAUGCAAAAGACGCAGCACGCGCUUAUUUACUUUGUUGAUUUCACCACCAUCAGGCGAGGCGUGAGGCGCACGGUGCGGCGUUG